GCAUCACCAGGAGGUGGAGCUUCCACGUACUGGAAGCAAAGUGUAAACAAGUCGACGACAAUUAGCAAUCUUCAGUCAGAAUCAGAAUGGCUACAGGUGGGAAAUGGUUCUGGACAGCAGUCAAGAGAUUCUUCCCAGGCAAUGCAUCGAUGGAAGAUGAUCAGGACACGGGAAGCAAGGUACCAAAGCAGAGUCGGGUUGAGAGCGAUGUCCCAGGUGGAUGCAGUCCGGCUGCAGAGAAAGGCGAACAAAAUCAGCCCAGACAUAGAUGUAUCAGGGACACUGAUCCGUGCUCUGGAACCAGCACAAGUGGGCUCACGGUCUGUGAGCUCGGAAGCUCAUUAAAGACGGAAUUGUCAAGUCCCCAACAAGGAGCGGACCCAGAGUCUACAAUCUCUGACCUCCUGGCAGAGAGGGCUGAAUAUCGACUAUACCAACUGACGAAAUUCUACAGGGACAGACUGAAACAAGCAAUAGAAGGAGGUGUUGAAAGACUCAGUUGGAUGUUGAGACAGGAGGGGCAUUUCACUGCACAGGAACAUGGGAAACUCACUGAGCUGACAGAGAAGGGAAAACGGGCAGAAAGUUCCAGACUCUUCCUCAGUUUGGUGAUGGGCAAAGGCUCCCGGACUCGGAGGGUGAUGUGGGAAUCCUUUGUGACAUGGAGGACUGAGUUACCGAAGUUGGACAGAAUACUGAGGGAAAUACAGGAGCUCGACCCUGAUCCAGAGGAAUACAUUGACAUCGCCCGAGGGUUAUCUGAAUUACCCACUCAACUGAUAGAUGUUCAACAGAAACACAAGGAGACUCUGCGGGCACAGACUGAAACACUGAGAGUGAACACGAUCCUGAUGAGGGAGAAGGUGAAGGUUUUCCAGCUGGAUGAUCGAUACGCUGAGCUCACGGUCAUUUCUACUGUUCAACAUCGGAGUCUGGUGGAACAUGAGCUACUGGCAAGAGGCAGAGUCCACGAGGAGUGGAGACAGAAGCAUCCCAGUGGACAGCUGGAAAAAAUCGGGAUAGAUCAUUUGUUCCAGAGCACCUUUUCCCAGACUAAAUCCAAAUCUGGGAGUUCCGCAGCAUUGGUCGGAAUCCCUGGGAUUGGGAAAACAACAAUGGUACAAAAGAUUGUUUACGACUGGGCCACAGGGAAAAUAUAUCAGCAAUUCCAGUUUGUCUUCAAUUUCAAAUUCCGGAAUUUAAACACCAUUAAUUGUCGGAUAAACUUGAGGGAACUGAUUUUGGAUCAGUAUCCUUACUUUGGGAAUAUCCUGAGAGAGGUCUGGAAAAACCCAGAGGGAUUGUUGUUUAUACUUGAUGGUUUGGAUGAAUUUAAGCACACAAUUCAUUUUGCUGACAAUCAAAGAGAUACAGAACCCCAGCACCAGUGCCCAGAUCCCGAGUGGUGGUGUGAAGUGUCUGACAUUGUGUACAGUUUAAUCCAGGGCAAGCUGCUCCCAGGGUGUUCAGUGCUGGUCACCACCCGCCCCACUGCGUUACAUUUAUUGGAAAAGGCGGCUAUCAGUGUCUGGGCCGAUAUCCUGGGAUUUGUUGGUUAGGAACGGAAGGAAUAUUUCAUCAGAUAUUUUGAAGAUCAGACGGUGGUGGAAGCUGUUUUCAAACAUGUGAAGGAAAACGAGAUCCUGUACACCAUGAGCUACAACCCCUCCUACUGCUGGAUCCUCGCUCUGGCACUGGGUCCCUUCUUCACGCAAAGAGUCAGGGUCCCGCAGCGAGUUCCCAAGACCAUCACCCAACUGUACUCCUACUAUAUUUACAACAUACUGAAAAACCACGGCCGUGAGAUUGAGAAUCCCCGUGAUGUGUUACUCAGGGUUGGUCAGAUGGCCUUCAGAGGAGUGUAUGAUAGGACGAUUGUGUUUACAGAUGGAGAUUUGAUCAAGAACAAUCUUCAGCCUUCCCAGUUCCUGUCCGGGUUCCUGAUGGAGCUAUUGGAAGGAGGGGAUGCUCCCCCGUGUGCGGUGUACACAUUCCCACACCUCACUAUCCAAGAGUUUGUAGCUGCAGUCGCACAAUUCCUGAAUCCACAUCCCGGGAAUAUCCUGAAAUUCCUCACUGAAGCCCAGAACACGGCAGAUGGGCGAUUUGAGGUAUUUCUCCGUUUUGUUGCUGGUCUCUCCUCCCCAAUGACAACUCGGACCCUGGAGGAGUUUCUGGGUCCAUUUCCUCAUGAAACAACCUGCCAGGUGAUUGACUGGGUGAAGGAGGAGGUUAAAUGCCAGAGUGGAAACACGAGGAGUGAAGCUGGUAAAAGGAGCCUCUUGAACACAUUGCACUACCUGUUUGAGUCUCAGAAUCGCUGGCUGGCUCAGGCCGCACUGGGAUCUGUGAAAGCACUUUCAUUCAGUGGAAUGACACUGACCCCGAUUGACUGCGCGGUCCUGUCUCAUGUCAUCGGAAUCUGUGAUACGAUAAAACACCUCGACGUGGAGAACUGUCACAUUCAGUGUGAAGGAAUCCAGCGGCUGGGACCCGGGCUGCACAAGUGCCAGGAGUUGAGACUUGGGGCAAAUAAACUGGGAGAUUCUGGAGUGAAACUGGUUUCUGCGGCUCUGAUGAACCCGGAGUGUAAAAUACAGCAACUGUGGCUGAACCAUGUUGGUCUCACAGAUUCAGGUGCCGUGGAUCUCGUCUCGACUCUCAGAACAAACCGAUUACUAACGGAGCUGAACGUCAGUGAAAAUGAACUGCGUGAUUCAGGAGUGAAACUGGUGUCUGCGGCUCUGAGGAACCCGGAGUGUAAAAUACAGACACUGGGGGAUGUCGGUCUCACAGAUUCUGGUGCUGAGGAUCUCGUCUCCGCUCUCAGUACAACAUCACUGACGGAGCUGGACCUGAGUGAUAAUAAACUGGGAGAUUCAGGAGUGAAACUGGUAUCUGCGGCUAUGGGGAACCCGGAGUGUAAAAUACAGAAACUGGAGCUGAAGAAGGUUGGUCUCACGGAUUCUGGUGCCGAGCAUCUCGUCUCCGCACUCAGUACAAACAGAUCACUGACGGAGCUGAACCUGGGAAUUAACUCCCUCACAGACCGAUCAGCACCCGCUGUCUGUCGCCUCAUAUUGACCCUCCCAAAUCUGGAGUGGAUCCGACUAGUGGGGAAUCGGUUCAGUGAGACAAGGGAGAAGGAACUAAGAUUGGUGCAGGAUCAGAGACCCGGACUGAUAGUGAUCCUUUGA